UGAAGAAACUCCUCUUUAACUGACUAUGGCUUCUCAUCAACUAGCAAUUCUACUUGCAUUAUUCUCUUUGUCCCUCAUGCUUUUGUGUUCCGACGCCGGAAAAAUCGCAAUCUACUGGGGCCAAAACGGAAACGAAGGCACAUUAGCAGAAACUUGUGCUAAAAAAGACUAUGAUUUUGUAAACUUAGCAUUUCUUCCAACAUUUGGAAAUGGCCAGACUCCCAUGAUCAAUCUUGCUGGACACUGUGACCCUUACACAAAUGGUUGUACUAAUUUAAGCGUCGACAUUAAAUCCUGUCAAGCCGAAGGGAUAAAGGUCAUGCUUUCGAUAGGUGGAGGGGCCGGGAGUUAUUACCUUACUUCGUCCGAGGAUGCUCGACAGGUGGCAACCUAUUUGUGGAACAAUUUCUUGGGCGGAAAGUCAUCUUCUCGUCCUCUUGGGGACGCGGUCUUGGAUGGAAUUGAUUUUGACAUCGAAGGAGGGACGAAUCAACAUUGGGAUGAUUUAGCGCGAUAUCUUUCCGCAUAUAGCAAGAAGGGCAAGAAAGUGUACUUAACAGCAGCACCUCAGUGUCCCUUCCCUGAUGCAUGGAUUGGAAAUGCCCUUAAUACCGGACUUUUCGACAUUGUUUGGGUACAAUUUUAUAACAAUCCUCCUUGUCAAUACUCUUCUGGGAUGAACAAUCUUGAGGAAGCAUGGAAACAAUGGAAUUCAAUCCCAGCCAGUAAGAUUUUCUUGGGUUUACCUGCUUCUCCUGAGGCUGCAGGUAGUGGAUUUGUGCCUGCAAGUGAUCUUACUUCACUAGUGCUUCCAGCCAUUAAGGGUUCUGCUAAGUAUGGAGGUGUAAUGCUUUGGUCUAAGUAUUAUGAUGAUCAAUCUGGAUAUAGUGCUUCUAUUCGGAAUGCUGUUUGA